GAACCACAUCACCACAACACCAUUUAGGCCAUCAAGCCUCGUUUACAAUCUAUUGCUAUCCCGUGAUGCUCUGUAUUUUCCAUUUGGAUCCUACUUCCACGAAAAGAGGAAGGUGCGUCAUCGCGUCUUCAGCGGAUUGAAAUACAACAGAUUGUUCUUUCUGAACUGGUUAGAAGACAUACAAUUUACAAAGAUGGCACAGUUCUGCUUGAUUGGCAUUUUGGUUUUUCUGCAGAUAAGUGGAGCUGCUGCGAAAAAUUCAACAACUACGCAAGUACCUCCUCAAAAGACCACUGUGCAUACAUCAGUGAAUCCAACUGCUUCAUCAACCUUCUCUGUAUCUCCUUUACCAAGUUCGACCAUACUAUCAUCCAGCUCUGAGCUUGUAGUGCCAUCUUCCAGCUUUGACCCGUCCCCAGUUCCCUCAGCAUCACCAACAAUAAACAACUCAUCUAUGGCAGAGUCCUCUACAGUUGAGCCAAGCCCUUCUUCACAUGAAAUAUCAUCUUCAGAACCAGUUCCCGAAUCUUCCUCCUCCCAAGCAGCAAGCACUAAAAUUGUAUCAACAUCGUCUUUCAAGCCAACACCGAGCUCAAGAGUUACUCCAGAGCAAGUUGUUGUAAUCAAAUGUGGUGAGGAAUGCAAAGCCUUAAAGAGACGGCUGUGGGCAGCCGGGGUGUUCGCUGUCAUGUUUGGCUUCACAACGUUGAUUUUUAUUUUCUUGCUUUGCAGGCAAUGUCGCAUUGCCAAGGAAUACAACGAUCCAGCACUUUCACGUCUUAUAUAAAAGUUUAUUUUACAUCAUUCACCAUUUGGUUUGAAGAUAGCUGAGUAUUUUAGCACAAAUAAUUAAAGCAUCAAGAUAGAAAUAGCAUAGUGUUGGGUUUUAAUGUUGCUGCUCUAGCGUAUGACUAAGAGAUUUUAAAUGCCAUUCUACGUGACUGUUUUAGAUUACUGUUGAUAGUGUAUCACUUUAGACAGUUUAGAAGAAACGGAAUUGAUAUAAUGGGGAUAUCACCUGAGGGUCUACCUUGAAGAGAAAUGAUGUGGAAGUGCCCGCCAGAAAACAUUUUCUGACCUUGUCCUGGGGUGAAGUUUGAAAACAUGAAACCUUUUCAAGAUUUACAGGAAACUGACGGAUCGCCUAAAAACAAUUUUACUAAUAACGCAUUUUGUGAAUUGAUAUGGAAAGUUAAUCUUCUUUCGACAGCUCUUUGAAUUAGGAAACACUUUCAUGUUCAUGACAAAUUUGACCUUAUUUGGCCUUAUUUGACCUGUCCUUCAAUGGGCAUACCUGUGCCGGAAAAAUAGAGACAAAACAUGUAAUUCUGCCCCAGAAUUUUCAACCCAAAUUUGGCUGGCACAUCCCCGGUAUUGAAUGUAUUUAGCAGUCCACCCCAGUCGAUAUCAGCAAUCUAUUAAUUGCGCUUAAUUGAAGAACGCUUCCUUCUUUCAGUAUAGUUUAUUCAUUUACGCUUGCUUUUCACAUUUUAACGGUUGGCUAUCGCAAACUUUCUUUUAUAUUAUAUAAGUUUAAAAUGUCCUGAAAUGAAGCAUUAAUUUGAAACAUUAAUAAGCUACUUUGCAAAAUUGCCAAUUAAAUAUUUAAUAUUAGCAGAUCGAACGCGUCUAUCUAACUGUACAAAUUACAUAAAAAUACAAUGAAUGUCACAGCAUUCCUGCAUUUGAUUUUUGUUGACGGACAAACUGUUCUUUAUUUGAAAUAUUCCGAAUUUUAUUUUAAAGGACCGUUGACAUAUAAUUUUAUUUGAUAGCAUCAUUGUCACGUUUUCAUGGUUUGCAUUAGCAAAUGAGUUUUAAAUCGUUUCUUUUAUUAUUUUAAUUUUGUGUAGUUGAA